GGUAAAUACCCGGAUGAGGCAUGUCUUCGAGCCGGGGUGAGGGGCUGCGGCUGCUCUGUCUCCAUGGUUACCGGCAGGACGCGGAGAGCUUCCGGGCGCGCACUGGCGCCCUCCGCAAGGCCCUCCGCGGGCGCGCGCAGCUACUGAACGUGGCCGCGCCGCACCCGGUCGUCGCGCGGCCUCAACCAGGAGACGCUGCAUCAGACCCACCCAAAGCGGCUGCGCGGGGCUGGUGGUUCUCCAACCCCCAGGAGGGGACAUUCAACGCCCUGGAAGAAGCGCCUGCUUGCCAAGGACUGGAGGAAUCUCUGGAUGGCGUGGCCGCGGCCUUUGCAGAGCACGGCCUCGUCGACGGGCUGCUGGGCUUUAGCCAGGGGGCAGCACUGGUCGGCAUCAUUUGUGCUCUGAAGCAGCAGGGAGACCCACGUUUCCAGUUCGACUUUGCCAUUGUGAUUGCGGGCUUCAAGAGCCGAGCCGUCUCCCACCGCAGCUACUACCAGGGCCCCAUCGGGGUGCCCAGCCUGCACGUCCUGGGGGAGACGGAUCGUGUCAUCCCCGCCGAGAUGAGCAGAGACCUGGCCUCCCACUUUACGGAGCCUGUUGUCCUAACCCACCCGGGGGGGCAUUUUGUCCCAGCCUCUGCGCCCCAGAAGAAGGCCUACCUGGAAUUCUUGGCUCAGUUUAUAAAGUAACAGAGGCAGCAGCUGGAAGUUCAGCCUGGCUCCACCCUGUGUCACAUGCAGUGUCCAUUUCAAUAUUCUGUGUUGGGCCACAGGAGCCCGUGGCAGGAGAUGGACGUGGUAGGAGCCCCUGCCUACCAACCUCUCACUGUUCCAGGGCUGUAGGGUGGGGUUGCUGUGCUGUGAUGGCCGCAUAAGCUAUUCAUUUUCAAACCCCUGUCUGGUCAAAUAAAUAAACACAGUCUGCAAGGUCUGAAAA